GCGGGCAGGCCGGGCGGGCGCCGACAAUGAGCCUCCAUAAAAGGGAGCGGCGGGGGGCUAGAGCCCCGGAUUGAGCCCUCCCCGCCCGGGGUCCCGACGCUCUAGGUCUCGGGGAGGCCGAGACGCGCCCGUCGCAGGCCGGGCCGGCGAGCGGCGGGCGGCGGGCGGCGGGGAGGGGGCUGCACGGGGCGGGAGGCGGCCGCCGGCUUGCGCGCAGGCCUGCGCGCCAGUCCUCCGGCGUCCGGUCACCGAGAGCCCCCAGGCCGCGCCAUGGCCCUGAAGGCCGAGGGCGCCGCGCUCGACUGCUUCGAGGUGACACUCAAAUGCGAGGAAGGGGAGGACGACGAGGAGGCCAUGGUGGUGGCCGUAAUCCCGCGGCCCGAGCCGAUGCUCAGAGUGGCCCAGCAGGAGAAGACCCCACCGCCAAGGCCCAGCCUGCUAGAGGCAGGCAGCGAUGGCUGUGAGGAGCCCAGGCAGCAGGUGUCUUGGGAGCAGGAGUUCCUGGUGGGGAACAGCCCGGGAGGCAGCGGGCGGGCACUGUGCAUGGUGUGUGGGGCCGAGAUCCGGGCCCCCUCGGCGGACACGGCACGCACCCACAUCCUGGAGCAGCACCCUCACACCCUGGACCUGAGCCCUUCCGAGAAGAGCAAUAUCCUGGAGGCCUGGAGUGAGGGGGUGGCCCUUUUGCAGGACUUCAGGGCCGAGCAGCCGUCCCCGCCCCAUUCAGACUCAGGCCAGGAGGUCGAAGUGGACCCAGACUCCGACCCGGACCCCGAAAUGCCAGCAGAGAUUGUCGUUCUCCUCGACUCCGAGGACAACCCCUCCCUCCCUAGAAGGAGCCGGCCCAGGGGACUCCGCCCUCUGGAGCUUCCUGCGGCCCCUGUCCCAGAGCCGGUAAGCAAGAAGCCACGUGGUCAGAGAUGGAAGGAGCCCCCUGGGGAGGAGCCGGUCAGAAAGAAAAGAGGCAGACCCAUGACCAAAACCCUGGACCUGGACCCGGACCCGGACCCAGGUGAAGGCGAGGAAGAUCCCCCCUCACCCGGCUCACCCACCGAGACUUUUGCGGCUCCCGCCGAGGUCCGACACUUCACCGACGGCAGCUUCCCCGCUGGCUUCGUCCUCCAGCUCUUCUCCCACACCCAGCUCAGGGCCUCAGACAGCAAGGACUCGCCCAAAGAGGGGAGAGUAGCAGAAGGAGGUCUUCUCCAGCCGGAAAGCCCCUCCCCAGGACCACCUUAUAAAGGAUUAUUAUGUCCACUUUACAGAAGAGGAAACUGAGCCUUGGGCAGGUGUGUUUCACCCGUGCGACUCCCCGCCUGCAAUGAGGGCCAGGAAUCAGUUCUCUUGUCAGACCAGGAGCUGUUCUUUUCUCUGGGUCUUCCCCAUCAGCCUACGCAAAGCUGUUCUUUCUCCCUUCUUGGCCCCUCAUCCCAUCGUAGCCACCGUCCCGUUUAUCCCCGAGCCUUUGCAGCAGAGCUGGAGCACUCUUCUACACUGUCUCCAGUCUGUCUUUAGAAGCCACUUGAGUCAAACUCAUGCUCACCACCCUACACUAAAAUGGCCUUUUUGGCAACAUUGCCAUUGACUUCCAUAAAGUUAGAUCUGGUGGUCAUUUCUCAGUCCUUGUCUUUCCUGACCUGGCAAAAACAAGGAACCCCUCCCUCCCUCCCUCCUUCCCUCCUUCCUGGAGACCCUUUCUGCCCUGGGCCUCUCGGGCAGCAGCAUGCCUGGGUUGCACCUGCCUCUCUUGCUUGUUCUGUCCUAGCUCCCCAAGGGGGAUCCUAUGGUUGUUUUUCUUCCCAUUUCUGGAACAUAUGUUCCUUUGGGUCAGGAUGUUUGCCUGUUUCAUUUACUGUGAUAUCCGCAGUGCCCAGCACAGAAUAGGUACUGCUGCUGUAUUUGGUGGAUGAAUGAAUGACCCAACCGUGGGUCAGGGUCUGCACUCAGCGCCCUGGGUGAUCCCGUCCAGGCUCACAGCUUGAAGGACAGUUCCUGGGCUCACAGUCCCGCCUUUCUCCUCCACCCCAGACCUCUCCCUUCGGUUCCAGCCUCUCUCUUACCCGUAUGACGUGUCUGAUUGGUUGCCUAAAAGAUCCCCCAAACUCGGAGUUUCUGACGGCGUUUCUGAACAGAACCUCCAGUCUCCUCCCCUCCCCUCCAGCCACUCUAUUCGCCCCCAGUCUUCCCUUACGCAGGAAGCUGGCAGCCCCGUUCUUCAGUUUGCUUGGACCAAACCCUCAGAGUCAUCAUCUUCUGUCUCUCUCAGACCCCACAUCCGUCCAUCAGCAAAUCCUGUUAGCCCCACCUCCAAGAUGCUCAGAAUUGACCCCCUGUCACUACCCCUACUGCUGCUACUUUCAUCCAAGCUUCCUUAACAACCUUUGAACUUGUCUCCUAGCUUCUGAGCUUUGCCCUCUGUGGUCGGUCUCAUACAGCAGCCAGAGCCCCUGUUGAAACACAAGUGGGAUCCUGGCACUGCUCUGCUCAGAGCUCUCCAGCACCGUCGCUGUCGCACUUCAGAUAAAAGUCAGAGUCCUCGUGGAGACCAGUGGUCCUCAAACCAGGAUCUUCACCUCUUCUGCCCACCAGGGCAUCUGCAUUUGCUCUUCCUCCCGUCAGGAAUGCUGUUCCCCAGCUAGACACGCCGCUGACUCCUCGCUUCCUGUAUGUUUUGCUCGCGCACCAGCUCUGUGAGGCCCUCCCUGCUACCCCGUCCCCUUCCCUGGUGUACUUUACUUUGCUUCUGUCUGUAUAUGUCACACUGCAUUCUUGCUUUGUUCAUCCUGUUUAUUGGCUCUCACCACUGGAAUGUAAAUUCCAGGAAGGCCACUUGGCCUGCUCCAUGUUCUGGGGAACCCCCAGCAACUGGACUAGUGUUGGGCACAGUAUAGUUGCCCAGUAAGUUAUUGUUGAAUUAAGGAGCCAGUGAGUAGGCUCCACUUGCCCUCGAGGAGCUUAGAGUUUGUCAGGGAGACAAACCAGCUCACGUGACUACAAAGCAGAACUUGUUCAGUCGCAUGACCCAGUGGCAGCCAUUGAGUCAUUGUAAAUCCCGGCAAACAGUACAGCAGAAUUGUACCUGUUUUCUCUGCCAGAUUUUAAAUCACUGGGUCUCUAGAAACAGUGCAGAAGAAAACCACAAAUAAUACAGACGCCGCAACAGUUACAGUCACCGUUUUCUGGCUUUGUUUUUUGAUGUAACUUUUGCGUGUGCCCGUGCCAAACCGGACAUUUUGGUACCUGAACAGUGGCUGUCAGCAGUUCAUGUUCCCUGUCCUAAGGCCUGGUUUUGUCCAUUGUGAGUAGCUCCUCCACGCUGCUAAGUUGGACAUCUGACCCCUGCGUGGUAGGUAUUGACUCGGGAGAUGAAGAGCCUGGUUGAGCUUCCAGAGCAGAGCUGAAUGUUAACCCAGGACUCUCUGUCCAGUGCUCUCUCCUCCGCCCUGCAUAUUCACCUGGUUGCUCCUUUGUGGGCACAGUCAUGUCUUUUUCUGCUUUGGGGUGUUCCCCACCCCACCACCUCUGCCCACACAAGGCAGAACCCAUCAGGCUAGGGUGCCCAGUACGUCCUAGAUGAAACGGAGUCAGCUGAAGGUAGUUGAGGGGAGCGGAGUACAGCACUAAGCGUCCGUGUGCCACAAUACUUGAGGGAGGAAGGCUGCAGAGGGCCUGCACUGAUGCCUGCGGAGGCGCGAUGCCCUUGCGGUUGGUGCUGGUCCUUGGAUGAUCCAGGAGCACAGCCUCCCACUGUCCCCAGGCUUCUCCUCAGACCACAGGUCCUGGGCUAUGGAACUGAAGGCCAGGAAAUGGGGGUGUGGUUUACAGAGACCCUCAGGGGACAUCCUCAAGGUGCGUUGUCUGGAGGUCCCUGACUCUCUCUCUGCUCCCAUCCUUGCCCAGCUCCCCCUCCGGGGCUUCGCGGGACGCUGGAUCUCCAGGUUAUCCGCGUGCGGCUGGAGGAGCCCCCGGCAGUCAGCCUCCUGCAAGACUGGUCCAAGCAUCCCCAGGGCACCAAGGGUGUGGGAGCAGGUGACAGCCCAGAAU